AUACUGGAGCACAAAAGCUUCGAUCCAAGUACAAACCCAAAUCGAUGCAUCUCAUCUCCUGGAGCUGAUCUUCCCAGCUAAUCCAUUAUCGCUAAAUAACACAAACCCUAGCGCACUUCCGAUCUCAUCGCCAUGGGUGACUACAACGAUGCCUUCAUGCGCAACCAAAACGCCGCCGUUCGUGGCACCACCAAGGGCCAGAACCGCGCCAAUGUUCUCCAGCUCAAACUGAUUGGCCAAAGCCAUCCAACUGGUUUAACAGCUAAUCUGUUGAAGCUAUUUGAGCCUCGACCUCCCCUGGAGUAUAAACCCCCUCCAGAGAAGAGAAAAUGUCCACCGUAUACUGGCAUGGGGCAGUUUGUGAGUCAGUUUGCUGAGCCUGGGGAUCCUGAGUAUGCUCCACCUGUCCAGAAAGCUGAAACUCCUAUCAUAUCUUCAAGUUAGGGAGUGUAUUUUGACACCUGCUGUAUUUGCCUUUUCCAAUUUGGCACAGAAAAGGGCUAGAAUUCACAAAUUACGACUUGAGAAAGGUGCAGAGAAGGCUGCUGAGGAGCUUCAGAAAUAUGAUCCAAUUAGCGACCCGAAUAUUUCAGGAGAUCCAUACAAGACAUUGUUUGUCGCUAGGCUUAGUUAUGAGACAACUGAGAGUAGAAUUAAAAGGGAGUUUGAGUCUUAUGGACCAAUAAAACGGGUCCGACUGAUAACUGAUACAGUGACGAAUAAACCUAAAGGCUAUGCUUUCAUUGAAUAUGUGCAUACUCGAGACAUGAAAGCUGCAUAUAAGCAAGCUGAUGGGAGGAAGAUUGAUGGCAGAAGGGUACUUGUGGAUGUUGAGCGUGGUAGAACUGUUCCAAAUUGGCGGCCUCGCAGACUAGGUGGUGGACUUGGAACUACACGGGUGGGGGGUGAAGAAGUUAAUCAGAGGCACUCUGGGAGAGAGCUACAACAAUCAGGAAGAUCAUCCCUAUCUGAGGAGCCAAGGGUGCGAGAAGAUCGUCAUGGUGAACGGGAUAGGGAAAAAUCUCGUGAAAGAGGAGGAAGAGAGAGAGAAAGGGAACGGGAGAGAUCUCAUGAGCGCUCCCAUGAAAAGUCUAGGGAUCGAGACCAUAGAGAAGAUAGACAUCACAAAGAUCGUGACAGGGAGAAGGACCGGGAGAGGGAGAGAGAACGUGGACGAGACAAGGAUCGUGACCGAGACCGUGCACGUGAUCGUGAUCGAGGCCGGGACCGUGGUCGUGAUUAUGAUCGUGACCGUGACAAAGACCGUAGUAGGGAUCAUGAUCGUGAUCGCCAUCGUGAGAGGGAUUAUGAAGUUGGUGACAUUGAUCGUGGGCAUUCCCGUGAUAGAGACUCUGAUUAUGACCGUGUUGACUCAAAACAUGAGAGGGGUCGCCAUGUUGACGGGGACUAUGAUCAUGCUGAGCUAGAGGAUAACAUUGGUUGGUAUGAAAAACCCGAGCAGGGGUAUAGGAGGCCAGAUGCGGAGCAUGAUCGGCGCUAUGGUCAUUAUGAAGAUCACCGAAGUAGGGGGCAAUAUGAUCAUGUGGAAGUUCAAGGUGACCAUGACCACUAUGAUCAAUAUCCUGACCGUGGUCAUGAUCGUUAUGAUCGAAUGGAUGAUGAUGAUUAUAAUCGUGAAGCAUCUGAAUCACAUGAAAGAGAGCAUGAAUAUCGGCGCUCAGAGAGGUCACUUUCCAGGGACUACGAUAACUGAAAGUGCAAGUUUGCUGUAACCUGCUGUUGUGCUUUACCUGUAAGGUCGCCAAGGAUAGUAGAAGCCCUCUUUGCUUUAUUGCUCUUUGCCUUUUUCUGCGUGAUGUGGUUUGAAUUAUAUGAAUGAGUUUAGCUGCGUGUUUGUUCAGAAGCCAAAGUGGUUUGUGGUUUCAGCUUUAAAUAUUGCUACUGGACUUCCAUUUUAUGUUCAAGUUAAUAGGAUUCAAGGGUAUUUUAAUUUUUUUGGUGGAUUUUUUCCUAAAUCUGAAACGACACUGGACAUUUGCCUUGCUGCUUGCA